AUGCUAGAUUUGGCUAGCAAGAUUGGUAUUAACUAUGGUAGACAAGGAGACAAUCUCCCAUCUCCUUACCAAUCAAUCAAUUUCAUCAAAUCCAUCAAAGCUGGUCAUGUUAAGCUUUACGACGCCGAUCCAGAGUCUCUUACACUCCUCUCUCAAACCAAUCUUUAUGUCACCAUAACCGUUCCUAACCACCAAAUCACCUCUCUUAGCUCUAACCAAUCCAUAGCUGAAGAUUGGGUUAAAACCAAUAUCCUCCCUUACUAUCCACAAACUCAAAUUCGGUUUGUCCUCGUAGGAAACGAAAUCCUCUCCGUUCAAGACACGAAUAUCAAGGCAAAUGUAGUACCGGCGAUGCGCAAAAUCGUGAAUUCUCUCAGAGCACAUGGGAUUCACAACAUCAAAGUUGGGACACAUAUAGCCAUGGAUUCUCUCCGAUCGACCUUUCCACCGUCGAACUCAACAUUCCGGGAAGAUAUCGCCCGACCGUUGAUGUUGCCAUUACUGAAAUUUCUCAACGGAACAAACUCUUACUUCUUCAUCAAUGUUCAUCCUUACUACCGUUGGUCUAGAAACCCCAUGAAUACUAAUUUGGAUUUUGCUCUGUUCCAAGGCAACUCAACUUAUACCGAUCCUCAAACCGGUUUGGUUUACCGUAAUCUUCUAGACCAAAUGUUGGAUUCGGUUAUCUACGCAAUGACCAAGCUCGGUUAUCCACAUACCCGAAUCGCCAUUUCGGAAACCGGAUGGCCUAAUUCCGGCGACAUCGAAGAAACCGGAGCUAACGUUCUCAACGCGGCGACAUAUAACCGGAAUCUAAUCAAGAAGAUGACCGCAAAUCCACCAAUCGGUACACCAGCUAGACCCGGUUUACCUAUACCGACAUUUGUUUUCUCGUUAUUCAACGAAAACCAAAAACCCGGUUCCGGAACAGAGAGACAUUGGGGAAUCUUGCAUCCAGACGGUACACCAAUCUACGACAUUGAUUUCACCGGUCGAAAACCCUUAACUGGUUUUAACCCAUUGCCUAAACCAACCAACAACGUUCCUUACAAGGGUCAAGUGUGGUGCGUACCGGCCGAAGGAGCCAGUGAAGCUGAGCUUGAAGAAACUUUGAGGAUUGCUUGCGGUCGAAGCAACACGACGUGUGCGGCUUUGGCUCCUGGAAGAGAAUGUUACGAGCCGGUCUCUGUUUAUUGGCACGCAAGCUACGCGGUUAGCUCGUACUGGGCUCAGUUCCGCAACGAAAGUGUUCGAUGUUACUUCAAUGGACUGGCUCAUGAGAUCACGACCAACCCUGGAAAUGAUCGCUGCAAGUUCCCGAGCGUUACUCUGUGA